CUCAAAUGUUAACCAACUACCAGGACUACUAUAAGUGUUUGAUUACAUGUAUAGUAUAAGGGAUAUACACGUACAUUUAUUAGUAUUAUACUAGUGGUUCGUUUUUUAUAAGGAAGAUUGAAAUUAAAUGUUGACAAAUAGCACCACCUGACCGAUUAUAUAAAUAGAUUAUGACGACAUACUUUAAAUACCCUAUUUAUAUCGAUUGCAAACUUGACAAUCUAUCAAAUACCGCAUGUGAGGAUAGUCUUAUUACUGUGUAGAGAUGACAGACUUUAAAACUGAAAAAAUUACAGAUCCAGAAAAUGUCAGUAAUCAUUCUGAUAUUGAAUCUAGUGGUUCAACGGAACUUCCUCAAGCUGUUUCCAAGAACAAGGACAAGAAACCGGAAAGGGAGCUGACCAAAAGUGAACUAUUUCUCCGAGAGUACAUGGCAAGGGCGCUGGGACUGCGGCCGCCGCCCAAACAAAUCCUAUCUACGGUCAACCUUGAAGGAGUGGCCAAAUUGAUAUCAGAGGGAAAGGUCAAAAAGGUCAUCACUAUGGCAGGGGCGGGUAUCUCCACGUCUGCUGGUAUUCCUGAUUUUCGCUCCAAGGGGACAGGCGUAUACUACAAUCUCGACCAAUUCAAUCUUCCCGACCCCCAGGCCUUGUUUUCCAUCAGUUACUUCAAGGAGAAUCCUGUACCGUAUUACACAGUGCGGAAAGAGUUACUUCUGGGGAAUUACAAGCCUACCCCAUGCCAUUAUUUCAUCAGAAUGUUGGCAGAGAAAGGCGUCUUACUCAGACACUUCACACAGAAUAUCGAUGGCUUGGAGAGGGUUGCUGGGAUAGAUCCAGAUUUGUUAAUGGAAGCACACGGAUCAAAUCAAGUCGGGCACUGUAUAGAAUGCUCGAAGGAAUACACAAAUUUGUGGAUCAGGGAUUGUUUAAAGAGAGACGAAAUUCCAAAAUGUACUAUAGAGUGCUGCACUGGGACAAUCAGACCAGAUACCGUCUUCUUUGGCGAACCCCUCCCCAAGAGAUUUUCGGAACUCGUGGACCAGGAUUUCGAACAGUGUGACUUGCUGAUUGUUCUUGGAACGUCUUUAAAGGUUCAGCCAUUUGCCAGUUUGAUAAUCAAGGUUCCUGAGGAAACGCCCAGACUGUACAUCAAUUUAGAGAAAAACGCGUCAGAGGCGAAACAUCCCCUUACUAUUUUGGUGUUUGGCGGUGGAUUUAAAUUCGAUGACGAAGAUAAUUACCGGGAUGUGUUUCUUGAGUCUGCGUGUGAUGAUGGCUGUACCAGGUUAGCGGAACUUAUAGGCUGGAAAGAUGAGUUAACAAACCUCGUGGCAUCUGAGCAUGCUCGGCUCGAUAAAGAGUUUUUAGAGGAAGCACAAAAAGAAGCCACGGAACUUCCGACGCAAAUGUCCCAUCAAUUAUCAAUAAAAGCCGAUACAAAAGUACCAGCCAAUCAAAUUCCGAUGAAAACCAAUCCCAGAGAAUCACCCAAGCAGAAACCGUGCCAUACAGAAAAGAAAGCAGAGAUAUCCAAAGCAACAAUUACUUCUGUUUCAGCCUCGGGAUCAUCCAACCAAAAACCAGGCAAUGACAAAAAGAAGCAACAAACCAAACUCUCCACAAAACAUAUGAAAACUAAAAAAUGAUAUGGUUUUGUGGGAGAAUUUCCAAAUAUUUUUGCUUGAUAAGCAAAUUUAAGGAAGGCACUUUACUUUGAGUUCGCACUCAGUAUAUUCAUGCAUCUUUUCAUAGACAAACCUUUUCUGUGCAUGAAAAGCAAACGGAAUCGCCAAUGGGCAAUAACAGAUCUAGAGCUGCAAAGAAAUGACAUUCGUUUAAAUAUUUUUGAAUAUAUGUUUACUUACUGUUUAUUCGAAUGCCUUCAAAAUAUAAUUUUUACAUCAUAAGAUCAUGCUGUAUAUUUAAACAAAAAAAUGCUUUCUUUGGUAAUUUAUUCGGGAUAUGAAGGUAGCGACAUUGCAGAAAAAAUACAAAUUUUUUCUGCAAUGAUCGCUACCUUCAUUACCCGAAUGAAUCAUCAAAGAAAGCAUUUUAUUGUUUAUAUUAACAUCUUUCUUUUAGCCAAUUGAUAAAUUGAUUAUGAAAAGUAAGUAAAAUUCACUAAAUUACUGUUAAUGUACGUAAGUACGUUAACUAAAAGAAACAGCCAAAUUGUCUCCUGUGAGACUUUGAGUCUGACGUCGUCUUGAAUAUUUCGUGCAGUUCGUGAUUUUUCCUAGGUAGUUGUAGGUCUCGACCAAUCGAUAAACUGGGCGUGUCAAGUUUGGUCCCGUCACUUUCUUGUCAGUUUCAGCCGCUGUAGAUUUCGACCAAUCAAUAAACGGGGCGUGUAGAUUUCAAUAUGGCUGUUUCUAUAGAGCUAUGAAUUAACUAUAUGUUUCCGUAAGAAAAAGAGGGAAUAAUACUUGGUAGAUGUAAAUAUAUCUUCGUGAACUUGAUCGAAAUAAUUUUAGCGGCAUGGAAAACAACAGAAAGCUUGGGCAGUCCUAAUACUACAUUCCGUACAUGUAACAUUGGUGUUUAUACGGGUUAUGAAGGAACUGAUCAUUGCAGAACAGUUUUGCUUGUAUAUCCUUCUUUUCCACUUUAAUCUCUAAAAGUGGCAUUGUGUACUAAUAAUACAUACAAAUGUACUUAGAAUCUGAUGCAAAUAUAACUCAAUAAUAUCAUAAAAUUAA